UCAAAAAAAAAAAAAAAGCUAAAUUCAGAAGGUAUUUAAGAAGUGGAUGGUCCUUUCUGGGUCCUGAUGAGUCCAGUGCCUCCGGGAACUGCCCAGUGAGUCAGCAUUCUCUGUGGAAUCCAGAUGACCCUUCCCUCUAGGGAUUGGACCAACACUUCAUGUAGCUCUCUCCCAAAAGGACUCCAAUGAAGGAAUGUUUUGAACUCAAGUCUAAAGGAUGCCCCUAAGCAUAGUUUGAACGGGACCUCUACCCUGGUAUAACUACCAGAGAACAACUGAUCAGAGAAAUUGGCCCUCCACAAUUUAGAACACAGAUUUGGUUUCAAAACCAGAGGAUACAACACCUCAGGCAGAGUCUAUUGGGGUCUGGAUAGGGGUCAAUUUCUUGGAAUUGCUAUCAGGGAAGAACAGGCUGCACAAACAGUCCUCUCAGAGCCCAGAGCCCAGAUACGAUUUCAUAACCAAAGAGCUCGGCACUGUGGCCAGAGCUGUAGACUUGUGAAUUCCCUUGCAGAAGGGCCCAAGUCAGAAAUGCCACAUGACUGCGUGACAAAGAAAAGCAACUUGUGCAUGGCCCCUAGCACUGGGGUCACUUCCCUCCCUCCAGUUCUUUCAGGAACAACCAGUCAUGUGUACCAGCUCUUCUUCCACCUCACACAUGCUUUGGUUCUUGAGUUCCCCCCGGGGUCCGAGUGAGCCAGGCACCGAGGAUCAUGAUGCUCCAGCCACUAGGCUGUGCUGGAAGGAGAGAUCUCUCCACCUCCUCUGACACUUAGGAGUCACGUGUCAACAGGCCCAGCUCUAGGAGGGGCAUUCUCACAUCCUCCGACUCCUUUCCAGCCCCCACACCAAGGAAGAUGCCAGGAUGACAAGGACAGUGACACAUGGCCUGGCAGUACUGCCCUGUAAAGACUCUACACAGCCUCAACCUGGUAAUCCUAAGCGCCAGUUGCAGGGAACUGGUCAGCAAGACACAUCUCACCUUAUGCGAUGGUGGCACGAGGGGCCCCAGGGAGUGAUGGUUAAAUGUCCAAUGGCCAGCUGGAACAGGGGCACCUCAGCAGCCCAUGCAGCCUGCACACAGCUGGACACUCCUGUGGCAGCAGCGGCCACCACCAGCUGCAGAGCCAUCUCAGCCACUCGGGCAACCACACAGCUCUCUGCAAAACCCAUCCUUUUAGCCAAUGCCUGUCAAUCACAGAGUUUCAGGGAAAGGCACAAACCUGCCUGAAUCCAAGUCCACAGGAAAAGAUCCCUCCACCACUUGAACCACCCUUCAGCGAGGAAGAAUUUCAUGCUCUGCCUGAUAUGAUGCAGAACGUCACCAGGGUGUCAGCUUUGGGAGAAGCAAGGCAUUCUUCUAAUCACCAACAUCCAGGCCUCUUUCCUGGAUGCAGAUUCAGUGUGAUACCGAAAAGGACGAACAAUCGAUGUGCUGUGUUUGGCAGCAAGACCAAUGCGAGAAGAAGCACCAACCACUUAGAAACCCAACGGGAGCAUUUCGACUCAGUCUUGUGGGCAGCGCCUGACUUCUGCUCUCACUUAAUGGCCUAAAUGAUUGUUUCAGAGCUCUCCACUGCUCCUGGAAGACGUCAUGGACACCAGGCCAUGAAUGCCUUCACUGCAUCCUGAAGAAUCAAACCAUUUUUAUAGCAAACAUCACCUCCUCCCUGCAAUCCUCACCACUUGGGCAAUCUGGAAUACACAGGAACUGGAACCAAACCAAACCAGGGCAAGGAGACUAGGUCUAAGGGGGACACAUCCACACUUCUGUCCUUCUGGCAAGUUCAGAAGUCACACCUGAAGGCAGGUGGAUGUCUAGAAGAUGGGGGGAAUGUUGUAUUUCCUUGUUCUGUGAGUUGAUAACAAGGAGAUUUUAAUCUCAGCUCUGAAAGUUGAAAGGGGAACUUGAAGUCACUUCACUACCCUUCUCUUGGGAACUGAUUCCACAAGUUUAUAUCCAUAAUCCCGAGUAGCCUUCAUGAUCAGCUUUCUCUCUGAACAUUGAAAUGUAGAGAAAAUGACAGGGGAAGUUAGAAUAGCAACUCCAUUCGAUCACUGAACAAAGCAUACGAAUGUUACUCUUCUCACGUUAGCAUUUCCAUUUAUGUUAACUUGUACAUCUACCCAUAAAGCUGCCCUUUUUAUUACAAAUAAAUAUGUCAAGUUAAAAUAAA